AUGAGGGAACGUACUAUUGAUUUUAUCUGCAUUAUAUGUUCUGUAAAAAAAAAAUUCAUAUCGGUCAGCCUCCAGGCAGUUGUGCACAUUAAACCAACUAAAGCCAAUCAGUCCUGUAAAAUAACAUCUGAUAGGCGUUCAGCAGACUGUAAAGGUCUACGGCUGGACCAUGUGCCUAUAACAAAUCUGACUGCUUCUCUGGAAGAGCUCGACCUUUCUUUCAAUACCAUACAGGUCAUCAGCAAACAAGAUCUGUUCAAACUUAGUCAUCUGCGAGUCCUCAUGCUUAAUUUCAACAACAUCUCUCUAAUUGUGGAUGAUGCCUUUCAUGGAAACAUUUUUUUGGAGAAUCUAAACUUAUUCAAUAACUCUCUGACAGAAAUUCCAUUCAAAGCUCUUAAGCCGCUCACAAAUUUAAAGGUUUUGGAAAUGUCCAAUAAUUUGUACACACAAGCAUCUUUGGAUGCUUCUUUUUUGAAUUUCACAAAGUUAAAAGUGCUGUCCAUUGGUGGAUCGCUGGUCAAUAGUUUGGGAAGCCAUGACAUUUAUGUGUUGAAGAACAUCUCAUUGGACAAGUUUGCUAUUAAAACUGGUACUGGUUUUAAAAGUUAUGAACCUGGGUAUUUCAGCAACCUCGACACAAAAAACUUGUGGUUCGAUAUAGCUUUUGACAAAAAACCAGAUAUGCUUCCUAUGAUAUUGAAAGAUCUGGCAAACAAGACUUUUGAUGUGCUACGUUUCCGAAACCUUUUUGAAUUUCAGUACUAUACUGGUAAACAAGAUAUUUUUAGUGGCCUGCAGUAUGUAAAGACUCAACUCCUAACCUUCUAUCGAGGUAAAUUCAAUGAGGAAGUUAUGAGAAUGGCUCUGGUAAAUUUGGAAAUCAGUUCAAUCAAAGGCCUGGAAUUGCUGCUCAUCGACUUUGCUCGUUCACAGAACAGAACACAGGGAUCCAGUGUAACAAACUUGACCUUGGAAAAGCUGGUGCUCUCGGACAUCAGUAAUCCAGAUAUAAUGCGCUUCGACUGGAGCUUUACCUGGCUUAAUCAUGUCCGCCAAUUCAUUGUAUGGAAUGUGAACUUCAACAGCGUGCCAUGCGACUCGUGGCCGGAGAUGCAAAGUGUUGAGCUUCUGGACAUCUCUAACAACCAGCUGAGGGACAGUUAUAUUUAUAACCCACUAUGUGACAUUAGAAAUGCACUGCACAAGCUUGAAACCUUCAAAGUCAGUCGCAAUCGACUUACCAGCCUCAGUGACUUGGCAUCUCUGACCAAAGACUUUGUAAUCUUCGUGUUGUCGCGGAACUUCGUAAACAGCGAGUGGUGCAACUACGAGCUCUACUUUGCCCAACAGCGGGCCAUUGGCAAGACGUUCAGUGAUGUCAUCCUGAUUGUGAAGGAGCCCAUAGACCCCACUUCUCUUCCCAGUAAAUUCUGCAAGCUCAAAAGGAUGCUCAAUACCAAAACCUACCUAGAGUGGCCCCAGCAACCAACAGAACAGAGCUUUUUCUGGGUCCAGCUGAGGAGUGUUUUGGGCCAACCAAACAUCAUAAGACAGCGUACGACCAGCCGGCAUAGCCGCCUGUCUUCAGUGAGGUCUGUUUCCCUGAUUGAGCUGCCACAGGACCAGAGUUCUGCAGGUACAGAUGAAGAUGGCCACCAAAUCAGUGAUGAGCCUUCUAAUAGAUGUCAACAAACUUUAGAGAACUUGCUUGAAGGACAUAAAUAA